AUGUCAGCUAAUGCAGGAAAGAACAGUGAAGAACGAAUGGAUGUGACUGAGGCCAAACAAGAACCAGUUGAAGAUGUGAAAAUGGAGGAUGGAGACCAUGCAGAGGAUGAAAUGGAAGCUGAGGAAGGAGGUAAUCUUUUUCUGGCCGAUGUGAUUUUGCAAGAGUCGAGUAUGAUGUUUGGUGGCGUUGAGGGUAGCAAUCGAUUCAAGAAUUGUUGCAAACUUGUUUUGCUUGCAAGUGCUCAAUGUAUUCUCUAG